AUGCAUCUUCUACUAUGUCUUCAAGGAAAAGAAGCAGAAAGACAGCAGCAGCUGCAACAACAACAGCAGCAGAAAGCGACAGCGAUCUCUCAGGCUAAACCUGCAGCAGCAGCAGCAGCAGCUGCUGCUGCAGCAGCAGCAGCAGCAGGAGCAACAGCAGCAACAGCUGCAACUGCAGCUGAAUCAACAGCAGCAGCUGCAGCAACAGUGCCUGUUCCAUCAUCUUCUGCUGCUGCAGCACCUGCAGCAGCAGCAACAGCAGCAGCAGCAGCUGCUGCUGCAGCAACUGCACCCACAGCAGCAGUAGCAGCAGCAGCAGCAGCAGCACCACCUGCGGCUGUAACGGCAUCUGCAGCGCCUGCAGCAGCAGCAGCAGCAGCAGCAGCUGCUGCUGCUGCUGCUGCUGCAGCAGAUCUGUUUUUCUGA